AUGAGGGCCAAACGUUCCAAGAAGUAUCGCAAGCUCAUGCAUCAAUAUGAGCUUGCUUUCGGUUUCCGUGAAGCGUACCAAGUAUUGGUUGACUCCAAUUUCCUUCGUGCUGUCGACUCUUUCAAGAUGGACUUGAUUCCCGCCCUUGAGCGGACUGUUCAAGGCAAAACCAAGCCAUUGCUGACCAAAUGCUCACUCGCUGCUCUCAUGGCAAACCAGCCAAUCAACCCCAGGACCAACCAGCCUUAUCGUCCCUACUGUCUUCCCCCGCCAACUAUACUUCCUCUCCGUCACUGUUCACACAACAAGGAAUCUACACCCAUCGACGAGGUGGAAUGUCUCCUGUCUUUGCUUUCACCCAGCACAGAAGUGAAGAAGAAUAAGGAGCAUUACAUUCUUGCGACAGCAGACCCGAUCGUCAAGAAGAAAGACGACAAUACCGAUUCACAGCAACGCAAGCGCAAGCGUGACGAGGACCGCGAAGAAGAGCAAGCUCUCCGCCGCGCCCGUCAACUCCGCGUUCGUGCUCGCUCUAUCCCCGGUGUGCCAAUUAUCUAUGUAAAGCGAUCGGUCAUGGUUCUGGAACCUAUGAGCAACCCGUCGGAGACAGUUCGUGACGGUGUCGAGAGAGACAAGUUCCGUGUCGGCUUACCAGAGGAGCGGCAGACGGAUGCAAAGCCAGAGGGAGAGCUGAAGAAGAUCCGUGGCUUGAAGAAGGCGAAGGGUCCAAACCCGCUCAGUGUGAAGAAGACUAAGAAACGGACAGAUGGCACUGCUGCCGCUCCCAGGAAAGAGAAGAAGCCUCAGGCGAUCGCGGCCGACAGUGCUACAGCCGAUGUUUCCGAAACGCCUGAUGGAAAUGACAGUUCUAGCAAACCCAAACGAAGACGCCGUCACCAUAAGGGUGGCCCUCGGGAGGGGAAUGAGGAUACCGGGCUCGCAACUGAGGCUGGACAGGCAAUGGAAGUAGAUGCUUAA